AUGAAUGGAGUCAAUGGCUCAGAUGGCUCCCAUGGCCGCAAUGAGUCCGAUAGGGCCGCCAUAGUGGGAAUGUCAUGCCGGCUUCCUGGCAUGGUAGAUAGCCCAAGCCGUCUGUGGGAGCUAUGCUCUCGUGCCCGAAGCGCAUGGUCCGAAGUUCCAGAGUCUCGAUUCGAUGCGGCAGGCUACUACCAUCCGACACCUGGUCGAGCCGGAUCAUUCAACUAUAAAGGUGGUCACUGGUUGGAUGAGGACGUCGGCCUGUUUGAUGCGCCGUUUUUUAAUGUCACAAUGAAAGAAGCACAGUCGAUGGACCCUCAGCAGCGCAUCUUACUCGAAUGUACAUAUGAAGCUCUCGAGAAUGCCGGCCUUACGAAAAGUUCCUUGUCAUCCCAGCGUGUCGGCGUUUUUAUCGGGGGAUCAACCUCGGAGUACAACAUGAGAAACACCAAAGAUCCUGAAAAUAUCCCUAUGUUUCAAGCGACUGGUGGGACGAUGUGCAUGCAGGCAAAUCGCAUAUCGUACUACUUCAACUUGAAAGGUCCUAGUGUCUCUGUUGACACUGCCUGCUCUUCAAGCUUAUCCGCAUUGCACCUAGCAUGCCAGAGUCUGAAGUCAGGAGAAUCGGAGAUUGCAAUUGUUGGAGCAUGCCAUAUUAACUUGAUACCGGAGCAGUCAAUCUCGAUGGCGCUGUCAAGGCUUCUUGCGGAUAGUGGACGAUGCUAUGCAUUUGAUCAUCGAGCAUCUGGAGGCUUUGGCCGUGGCGAAGGUUGUGGAUGUAUCGUGAUCAGACCACUGGAGGCAGCGAUCGAGGCAAAUGAUGCUGUUCGGGCAGUAAUCGUCGGUACAGGAGUAAAUCAAGAUGGUCGAACAACUGGGAUCACGCAGCCGAAUAGUGGUGCUCAGGAAGAACUCAUACGCGCCGUUUACGAGUCCGCCGGUAUCGAUCCGUCAGAAACUGGAUAUGUCGAGGCGCAUGGAACAGGUACCAAAAUCGGUGAUCCAAUCGAGGCCUCGGCGCUACAUGCUGUAUUUGGCGGAGGACGGACAUCACGGCGUCCAUUGUAUAUAGGGUCCGUCAAGUCGAAUGUCGGCCAUACGGAAUCAGUCAGCGGUAUUAUAUCUGUCAUCAAAACUGCAAUGAUGUUGGAAAAGGAGUUGAUACUGCCCAAUUGCAAUUUUGAGAAGCCAAACCCUGCAAUACCCCUGCAGGAGUGGAAUUUGAAAGUCCCGACGAAGUUAAUACCAUGGCCGAGGAAUAAGCGCUAUGCGAGCAUCAACAAUUUCGGUUUUGGAGGAUCCAACGCACAUGCUAUCCUGACAAAGGCGCCUCCGGCACAGAGUGACAUGUUCACAGAACUAGAGAACCUUGUCCAUGGAAGCAGUGACGAUACUCAGAGCCAUGCUCCAACCCGCAGAGUAUACCCCAUUUCUGCCAAUGACAAGCAAGCCUUUACGCGCCGCUUGAAGGCCUUGGAGACAUAUCUUGAACAACAGCCGGAAGCAUUCAACAUGUAUCUCAUGGAGAAUCUGGCAUAUACACUUGGUGAGCGACGGACUGCCUUUCCAUGGAGAGCAGCGGUUUCUGCGGCCUCUGCAACUGAGUUGAUCGGACAGAUAACAUCCCCUAAUUUCAAGCCGGAGCGAGCGCCGGAGGAGCCUGUUAUUAGCUUUGUCUUCACGGGCCAGGGAGCCCAGUGGCAUGGCAUGGGAAAGGAGUUGCUUGCAAGGUAUGCUCUCUUUGAGAAGGCUAUGAAGAGAGCAGAUCAAUGUAUCAAGGAGCUGGGUGCGGAGUUUUCUAUCAUCCAUCCGUGUUACAGCCAGUCAUCUUGCACAGCGAUCCAGCUAUCUUUAACCCAGCUUUUGAAAUCGUGGGGAGUUGUUCCGACCGCUGUCGUCGGGCACUCCAGUGGUGAGAUUGCAGCGGCUUUCGCUGCUGGAAUGCUCGAUUUUGAUGAUUGUAUGCGAAUCGCAUAUUGCCGGGGAGCCGUCGCAGCGAAACUAAGGACCACAGACGUGAAGGGAAGCAUGAUGGCAAUAGGCACUUGCAAAGAUGAUGCAGAGAAGAUGAUAAGUCAGGUUCAUAGCGGGACUGUUGUCGUCGCGUGCAUCAACAGCGAUUCGAGCGUCACAGCUUCUGGAGAUACUCACGCAAUAAACGAACUGCAGACGUUAGUCGAGGAUCAAGGCCUUUUCAAUCGCAAACUCCGGGUUGACGUGGCAUACCACUCCCACCAUAUGGGUAUUGUAUCCGCACCCUACCUGUCCUUGAUGGGAGAUAUCCGCCCUCAAGAGUCGAAUAUCAAGUUCUUUUCCUCUUUACGUGGUCAACAAGUUCAGUCAUCUGAGCUAAACGCUGAUUACUGGGUUGCAAACCUCUUGUCUCCCGUCAACUUUGUCGGGGGUCUCAGCAGUCUCCUUAGAGAAGCCAAAUCUCACUCUGGCAAGCCCGUGGAUACCCUGAUCGAAAUAGGUCCUCACUCCGCGUUAGAAGCACCAAUCCGGGAAACCGCCCAGGAAUGUGCAAAUGUAAAGAACUUCAAGUAUCUACCUUGCAUAAAGAGGAAGUCGAAUGCUGUGGAUACCAUGCAGCAACUUGCAGUGGGGUUAUUUAUGAGGGGUCUCAAUAUAUGCUUCGAUCUGGUUAACGCUGACGGUGAUGGUAAAGGUAGCAAAAGGCCUACUCUAUUAACCAAUAUACCCAAAUAUCCCUGGGACCACUCAGUAAAAUACUGGCACGAAUCUCGAUGGGCGCGAUCACUGCAUAAUAGGUCGUUCCCACGAAACGACCUGCUGGGCAGCUUGUCUGUCGACUCGGACUCAAUCGAAACAAAAUGGCGGAACGUGAUUCGAGUCGACGAUCAUCCUUGGAUCAGACAGCAUCAAGCUCAAGGCAAAAAUAUAUACCCUUUCAUGGGGUAUGUGGCGAUGGCUAUCGAAGCGCUUUCCCAGUCUGCGAGGAUGCGAAAUGUCUCCAUAGACAAUUAUUGCCUCCGUGAAGUGGCCGUUGAUAAAGCCCUUAUCAUUCCGGAGGCAUCUACCGUGGAAAUGAUGACUACAUUACGCCCUUUCGCGGAAGGAACAAGAGCUUCCUCUGAGAUUUGGUACGAAUUUCGCGUCUCUGCCAUCUGCGAUGAGCAAGAGUGGAUGGAACAUUGCCGAGGCCUUAUAUCUGGCACCAGAGAAAAGGAACCCAAUCCAGUUGAUGGCGCUCGCGAAAUCUUCGAGAAGGAGCUUGAUGGAAAGCGUCGAGAAUCGAUGGUAGAUGCUCCAGGUAUGUCGGCUGUGGACUCGGAAGAAAUGUAUGGCGUUAUUGCCGCCAGUGGAAUGCAGUAUGGGGAUAUGUUUAAGGGAAUGUCGAGUAUCAGAGCGUCCGAUCACCUUGCGACAGCGGAGCUCAUGGUCCCCAAUACCAGCCUAGCGAUGCCAGAUGAGUAUGAGAGUGGCCACAUUCUGCACCCGGCAACCCUGGAUCUGUGCCUUCAGUUAAUGUGGCCCCUGGUGGGUUAUCGAGGCCCAGGCCAGAAACAAUUAUACCUCCCUACUUUCAUCGGAUGCUUAUAUGCAAGCUGCAAAACAAAACUCUCACCUGGUGACCGUCUCAAGUUAUAUGGAUCGCGAACGAAUAAUUUGCAUCCUCGCCGUGCAGCCGAGUUAAACAUCGUUACCACUCGCAGCGAAGAUCCUAGCGAUGUACUGAUUCGGAUGGACAACGUCAGGUCAACACCGCUGAUUGACCAAACCCUCUGUACAGACAGGCCGGUAAAGAAUCAGUGCUAUAAAGUACAUGAAACACCCUGUGUUGACUUUUUGAAUUCGCGCUUUCUUGGAUUUCUCGACCAGCCUACCUCGCCCAAAUCCAGUGAACUUCAAACUGUCCGAGUCCUGGAGCAGGCAUCGUUCUAUCUGCUCGAAGCUGCACAGAAUAAGCUUAGCACCGUGGAUCCCGCAUCUGUCAAGGGACAUUAUCAUUAUCUCAUGGACUGGAUUCGGGAGACGCGCCACAGAGCGCGCCGUGGUGACUUGCCUCUUCAAACGCCUGACUGGUUGGAGUGCAACAAGGAAGAGCAAGAAGCAAUUAUAGAGCAAGCGCGGUCAAUGGGUGCUCCAGGGGAGAUGAUAUGGACCUUGGGCAGUCUGCUUCCCGAGAUCCUGCGCCGUGAGGUUGAUCCAAGCGUAGUCAUGCGUAAAAGCAGUCUCUUAGAGCGGUAUUACCAAGAACUUGAUUCCUUCCGUCGCAGUUAUAUCUCGGCUGCCUCAUUCAUCGACAAGAUGGCAGAUCAAAAACCGCAUAUGAACAUUUUGGAGAUUGGGGCUGGAACGGGAGCUGCCACACUUCCCUUCAUCCACACCUUAGGAGGUGGCGAUACUAAAAAGGGCCCUCGGUUCAAUCGUUACGACUUUACUGAUGUCUCUGACACUAUCUUGGACGAGGCAAAAGAGAAGUUCAGAUUUUGGGGAGGCCUUCUGGACUAUCAGAAGUUGGAUAUUGCUCAAGAUCCGAUCCAACAGGGCUACGAAGAGCACUCAUACGACUUGGUCAUCGCGUGCCAUGUGUUGCACCUCACGCCCAGACUAGACGUAACUUUGGCAAAUGUGCGAAAACUUUUGAAGCCGGGUGGAAAGCUUGUUCUUCUUGAAGAAAAUGGUCAGCAGUUAAGGCAGUUUAUCUACGCUCUGCUACCUGAGUGGUGGCAUAGUGGUGAUAGCCGCAUUGAUGGGCCGUUGUUGGAUAAGAACUCCUGGGAUGCUCUCCUUAGGGAAUCAGGCUUUUCUGGGCUUGACCUUGCCUUGGAUGAUUAUCCUGGCGCUCCUGAGCAAUGCGGUAGCCUAUUUGUCACCACGCUUCAAGAUACCCCUGACCUCAAAGGGCGCCAGGUGACGAUUGUUUGCCCAGAGAUAUCUAGCUCAUUUCCAGUUGACAACCUUGCCCGCGAUAUAGAAAGUAUGACGGGUUGCUUCCCCGAGAUGGGCACGUUGUCCAGCAUCGAUACUAAAGGGAAACUGUGCAUCUUCCUCGGAGAAUUGGAUAACCCUUAUCUGUCCCAGCUCGAUGAGGCUAGAUUCAAUUUGAUCCAAAACUUACUACAGGAUGCUUCUGGUCUUCUCUGGGUGAUCCGGCCAGGGUGCAGCAGUGACAGCAAACCGCCUGAGUCACACUUGAUCACUGGACUUGCUAGAACUGUGCGUUCUGAAACAAGUCUUCCGCUUGUAACAUUGGAGCUACAGUCCGGACUUCCACAGCCUGAUUAUGGUGCUGUGAAACACAUCAUGGAUGUUUUUGGAGCCAGCUUCGGUGUUCAAUCUAGCCCUAGGCUAACUGACCGCGAAUACAGCGUCAAGGAUGGGAUCAUAUACGUUCCCCGGAUGGUUAACGAUACAUUGUUGGACGAGUUUAUUCAUAGAGAAGCAGGACGAAGUGACCCAGAGCUCCAGCCCUGCAGGCAGGAAGAACGGCCCUUGAAACUGGUCGCGGGGGAGCCAGGAAUUUUAGACACGCUACAUUUCACGGAUGACAGAGGCGCAAUGUCCGAGCUACCUGAGAGUCAUGUUGAAAUUCAAGUUGAGUAUAUUGGUCUCAACUUUAAGGACGUUAUGACUGCUAUGGGCCAGAUGAGCAAGGAUGCUUUGGGAAAUGAAUGUAGCGGUAUAGUCACUAGAGUUGGGGGCGAUGUUGAGGGACUGGCGAAAGGCGAUCGAGUAUGUGCAGUUUGCGAAGGGGCACUUGCGACAUCUGUCUCCUGCCCUGCGACCAGUGUAUGGAGGCUUCCGGACAGUAUGGAUCUCAAGACAGCAGCGACAAUUCCGCUGGUAUUCUGCACCGCAUACUACUCCCUAUUUGAUCUCGGGCGCCUAGUGCAGGGUGAAAAGAUUCUCAUCCAUGCAGCUGCAGGUGGUGUUGGCCAAGCGGCGAUCAUGCUUGCCAACAUGGUCGGUGCCGACGUGUUUGCCACUGUCAGCACCCCAGAAAAGAAACAGUUUCUCAUGGACACGUACGGUGUGCAAGAAGACAGGAUCUUGUUUAGUCGUGACUCUUCUUUCACACAACAUGUCAAGAAAGCUACGAACGGUGAGGGUGUUGACGUGGUUUUGAAUUCUCUUGCUGGCGAAAUGCUUCGAGCUAGCUGGGACUGUGUUGCUCCCUUCGGAAGAUUUAUUGAGCUCGGUAAAAAGGAUAUCUUGCAGAAUUCGCGCCUCGAAAUGUCCCGAUUUGAUGAUAACGUUUCAUUUUCAUCCGUUGACUUGACAGCCAUCUACCAAAAGAGACCUUUGGUCAUGAAGCGAUUGUUAUCUAACGUCUUCAAGCUAUUCGCCAAGGGCCUUGCACGACCAGUUGCGCCGAUUACCUCCUAUUCCGUAUCAGACGUUGAAGUGGCUUUUCGAAGCUUGCAAGGCGGACGUGUCUUUGGUAAAAGUGUCAUCGAAAUGCAACCCGAUGCCUUGGUAAAGGUAUACCCGCCGCAAAAGCCACAAGUACAUCUAUCCGCCGACGCAUCAUAUAUUGUCGUUGGUGGAUCUGGAGGCCUCGGCAGAAAUAUCGCAGAUUGGUUGUCCCAACAUGGCGCCAAGCAUGUUGUGCUCUUAGCUAGGAGCGGAGAUGGGAAGGAAAAUGUAAAACGACUGAUACAAAGGGCAGAAAGCAAAGGAGUAAAAAUUCUCGCCCCUCGUUGCGAUAUAAGCAACGAGGCAGACGUCAGGGCAGCCAUUUCUAAGGUUCAGCGAGAAAUGCCCCCUAUUCGAGGUGUUAUCUUUGGAGCCAUGGUCCUACGGGACUGCUUGUUUGAAAAGAUGCAAUAUGACGAUUACCGCGCUGUCAUCUCCCCAAAGGUCGACGGUCUAUGGAAUCUUCAUCACACCCUCAAGGAGGCACAACAACAUCUUGACUUCUUUGUCAAUCUAUCAUCGGUUUCCGGUGUCAUUGGUAACCGAGGGCAAGCCGCAUAUGCUGCUGCAAGUACAUUCAUGAGUGCCUUUGCGCGGGCGCAGCUUGCUGGUGGUUAUCCCUACACCAAUAUCGACCUGGGUCCCGUCAAAGGAAUCGGCUACCUCGCAGAGAGAAAGGGAACGGUCAACGAAGUCCUUGACACACUCGAAACUCAGGGAGUCGAAGAAGAAGAACUCCAUGCUUUGUUGGCUGGAGCAAUUAGCGGCAAGAUGCUCAACACCUGUAACGGUCACUGCGUCACUAGUCUUGAGAUAGCAGCCAGCUCCCCAGCUGAUCAGGGCCCAUUCUGGAUGGUUGAUCCUAGGUUUUCUCAUCUCGUACGUGCCAGCAUCGCUGCUCGAGCGGCCUCGGAAAGCGACGACAACGAUCAACAGACUGCGGCUGUGCCCCUCGCAACUGCUGUCAGGAAAGCGGGUAAACGAGAGGCCGCACAAGCAUUGAUCAUAGAUGCUUUAGGUCAAAAAAUGUCUACCUUGCUCAUGGUGCCUUUGGAGGAUAUAAUUCCUUCGAAAUCGAUCUCUUCUUACGGAUUGGACUCGCUCGUUGCCAUCGAGGUACGAAACUGGGUUUUCCGUGAAUUGGAGUCCUAUCUGCAGAUCAUGGAGAUCGUGAGCGCCCCAUCUUUGUUCUAUUUGGCAGACCGUGUGAUUUGUAAAUCCAAGAUCUUGCAACAUUUGCAGCUGAAUGAUGGACAGGGUGAAGGAGAACCGGGUAUUAGUAAAUAG